AUGCCUCCGCUUCUAUCCAAGCUCGGUAAAUCUAAUCCCAAUGUCUUGGAUAUGAGGUGGUACGAUGUUGAAAGCGAACGGGGUCAGAAGGAUUCAAUUCCCAGCCCAUCUUCCAGAGAAAAUGGAGAAGAAUAUUACGCCGUCCCUGACGACGAGAAGAAGCAGAAGACCCGGUAUAUGCCCUUUCCUAACAACAUUGCCUGGAUCCUAGAUAAGGGGAAAGUGCCCAAUGUCCUCUUUACCUCUCAUAUUCAGGACUCCCAAGUCAGAGAGCUGCUACCAGGAAGAGGAACCGAUUUCGUGAUUCCAGAUGAUCAUAUGGACAAGGCUAUUGAAUCUCUACAGAAGUUUGGAUUUGAGCCCUGCCGCAACGAGAACUGCCAAUACUUCACCCCAGCGCACCGACAAUGUACAGCCAGUAUGCAUUUUGACACCGACGAAACGAGUCUUCACGGACCAAUUGCACUGUAUAACAAGUCCCGAAUGCUCUGGUGGAUUGACCUAGAUUUGAAAGUCGACCGACCGGCCCCGACCCAUCCCCAUUUGACGCUAGACAACUGGUUCAACCUUCCAGGUUGGAAAAAGCAUGAUGGGGAAAUACCGCCAAGUACGACGUUAGACAGAUACCCGGUAAAGCUUUUGGAAGUGACCGUACUUACACAGGCCGUGAUGUACCUUUAUUGUCGAGACUACAAAGAAACCGAUGGGCGACAGCACUGGUGGAAGCCUAUGCUCCUUGCCCUGGGGGAUUUGAAAGAUUUUCAUGGCAAGAGACUGGUGAGGAACGUUGGAGGAUUUUGCCAACCAUUUUGGGCUGAUUUUACUCACCCAAAGCAUGCCUCCGAGCUGAAUGACUUUUUCUGGGAUGCCCUAGUAACGCUUCAGGCGACGCUCAUCAGAAACGAAUGGUUGCCUCCUUGGCCGGUUCUAGUGAGCAGUGGACUGCCUCAGGAAGUCCCCCCGUGGACGUUGAAAGACCAGUCUCAACGGUGA